UACAGACCGUUGCACUAAUUUUUCCCUCGUACCUUAUGAUAAAAUAUUUGUCAUAUUUCAAGUACUUUUAGAAAGCCAAUUAAUCUUGAGCUUGAUCAUCCGAUAAUGACAAGCUGCAUAUCGAUUAAAUCGUGGACAGCUGCAGCUGUGUCAACAAAUUAACAUUUAUCGACUGCAGCCGUUGGAAAAUUGCCGGCGUAAAUAAACAUUGGAUGCACAAGUCGUAUGCAGUUUACUCGAGCCAACGGUUGGCAAGUUACGCCUGUGUGUAUCAGUGUGUAUGUCGUUGCAUCGCGUCGGUACAUUCACUCUGCAGUCUGCCGUGUGUACGAUGUGUUGCGUUUUUCGGAGUCAUAGUACGACGCUCGACCGUAGGAGAAACAAGUGGCAGCAGCAGACGCAACUAGCAGACGCCUGACUUUCGAGUAGCAGCACACGAGAGUAGUCUCGAGAGCACACACGACUAUAUAUCCUAUGUAUGCUCUCUACAGUCUCUCUCUCACAUAAGAGUGACAGUUCACGGGUAUCGAUAGUCAGACUCUCCUCGAGUGUCGAAGCGAGCGAGUGUGACUGUGUGUGCGUGCGUGCAGUUAAAGAUCGGCAAGCAAUUUUUAAUCGACACAGAUUAGUCAAUCGUCUGCUGCUACUGCUACACAGAAGGGCAAAUCGGAGUCGUCGAAGAAAUUCAAAGCUGCGGCACGGCACACAGCCUUUCUCAGCGCUCGCUCUCGAUUAUUGUUACAUAGUCGACCCGUUUUGUGCGUUUUGUAUCUAUAGAUAUAUAUGCACGCGUGUGCGUCUGGCGUGUGCCUGCUCCUCCUCGCGCUACAUGUAUAUAACAGAACACACAAGUGCAAGUCGGUGACAUAACCUUCGUCUGGGGACGACUGGGCUCUGUGAUACUACAACACAUAAUCGCACACGUCUCUUCAAUUCGACUUAUCGGAGCAGGUAUAGCUUCGAGUCGCAUGCGGCAUGUCGCACCAUGAUCACAUCGAGCACCAGGCGGGAGGCAUGGCCGAUCACAGCAUGCACGGCGGCAUGCACGGCGGUAUGGAUCACUCCCAGCCGAUGAUGCCGCAGUUCAAUUCGACCCUGAUGCAGGCCAUCGGCGGGGCGAUAGUGGCCACGACGACGCCGAUGACGAUGAUGAACCACGAGGGCCACCACGGGGCUGGCCACGAUGCCCACGCUGGACACGCUGGACACGACGCGGCUGGUCUUCACGAGCAGAGCAUGUGCUCCGGCAGCUCCGGCCAUAUGCACGGCAUGUCGAUGGCCUUCCACGGCGGCUACUGCGAGACGAUCCUCUUCGAGGGCUGGAAGAUAUCGUCGCUGGGCGGCCUGAUCGGCUCCAUCAUCGGCAUCGUCAUCAUGGCGGCGCUCUACGAGGGCCUCAAGUACUACCGGGAGUAUCUGUUCUGGAAGACCUACAACUCGUUGCAGUAUCGCAGCGUCGCCGGACCGCCCAGCGAGAAAAGCGUAGGCCCGGGCUCGGGCUCCAACGUCGCCAACGGCUCCAACGGCUCGGCCACGGCGGCGGUGCUCGAAGACAAUCGACUGGCUCGCAUGCUCGGAGAGGUCGUGCACAGGCAGCCGCCGACGAUGCUGUCGUGGAUGCACGCCUUCCAGACGUCGCUGCACAUCGUUCAAAUCAUCCUCUCGUACUUCCUCAUGCUCAUAUUCAUGACGUACAACUCGUGGCUGUGCGCCGCCGUCGUCGUCGGGGCGGCCAUCGGCUACUUCCUCUUCGGCUGGAAGAAGUCCGUGAUCGUCGACGUGACCGAGCACUGCCACUAGUGGAACGAGCCGCGACCGCACCGUCGCACAACUACUACGGCGUACUCCACCAAGACGAGGUGGUGCCGCUCGGACCCGACGACAAAGAUGACGACAGAGCAACAGCAGUUGCAGCAACUAUCGAUGCUCGUUACCCGAGUUCGCAUGCCUACAAACGAAUCUCACGCCAAAUCCGCUCAGUCGUGACAAUAUUAUAAAUUUUUUUUUUUUUCGUUGUUCUUGAUGCAAUCAAAGAGAGAGACUUUAUGGCUAUACGAGGCGCGAGGAUGCGUGUUCUUACUGUAGUCUUAUUUAUAAAUAUAAAUAAUAAUAUACGGCCUGGAGUUGUUACGCCCUUGUACAAAAGGUAUUAUUUUGUAUGAUCGUUAUAAAUGGUAAUAUUACUGCCCUAAGCCGCGAAAAAACGAAAAAGUCCCAACACAUGUGUACUGUGGCUUUCUUUUUUCGAUGCCUAGGCCGGUAUAUGCUAUUUUCUAUGAACCGUGGCCCAAAAAUAACAUUUUCCGUUUAGCACAGCCACCGGAAAAUGCUACUUUCGGACCGCUGAAAAUGAACUUUGUCGAUCGACGAAGUGCAUCCAACCGAAGCAUCUGGCCGAUCAAGGGUGCUAAAAUUGAAUGGAAAGUAUAUCUUCGAAUAGGAGCAAAAUGAACUUUUUUUUUUAAUUUCCAUCCUGUGUAUAGACAUCUAUAUAUAUGUAAAUUAUAAAUAUAAUUAUAUACAUGUUUUAAUCGUGUAACUAUUGUUGAAGACGAAAAAGCUUUUCAUAUAAUAUAUACACACAUAUAUAUAUCUACGUUGAACUGAGAAAGAAAGAGUGAAAAAGAGAGAGAAAGAGAAAGAGUGAGAUGCGCGCUGUCAUGUCGAGGCGCUCGAAUCAUGCAGCAUAUAUGUUGAAAAAAUGAUGACCUACAGUAUGACUGGAUAAGCGUAUCAUUUUAGUGAGCACAAAAUAUUUAAUGAGAACGGCAAAAAUAAACUUGCGUCGCGUUUGCAGAAAAAAAAACGGUAUUCAGUAAAUAAACUGUUAAUUUUGUACUUGUGCAAAUAAAACAUGACGCGAAGCAAAUGCAAAGUGCAGCAUGCAUUUUUUUUCUCGCUUUUUUUAAAACUAUUGUAUUAACAUUAUUAUGCUUCAGUUCAAUUGAGCUAAUGCAAGUAAACUUAUCCAGUUGUACUUGCAGAUUUAUAUUUUUAUACAUAGCUCGUAAUGUCAAGUAAUUUGUUAUAUUGAAGCUGAAUCACUACGUUGGAUCAAAGGAGAAAAUCGUUCUCGUGUAUCGAUUGAAAAUUAUCGAUAUUUUUCAAAAUAACGGGUUACACUAAAGACGAGAGUAUUUUUUUGUUUUUUACUCGUCGCUAUAACUUUUCUCUUUGAUUUAACUAAUAGACAUUAUUUAUGAGAUUUUUUAAUGAAUUGGCAAAUAAAGUUUGAAAUUAUUUUUUUA